AUGGAUCAGUUCUGGAGAUCAGAGGCGUCCUCGCCAAGUGACUCAGUGCCCAGCUCGCCCCCUACCACGCCCGACUCCAGGUCAGAGUACGGUGUCGACCACUCGUUGAACUCGGAGUUCAUUCUCGUCAUUGGCGGCCUCGGCUUCAUCGGCUCGCACACUUCCCUGGAGCUGUUGAAAGCCGGCAAGAGUGUGAUCAUUGUGGACGACUUGUCCAACAGCUACGAAAGCGUCUUCACUCGCAUCCAGACACUCGCUGCCAAGCACUAUCAUGGCAACCGCCAAAAGAUGCCCGCUCUUCACUUCCACAAGCUGGACUACCGCAGCCCGUCGAUGGAGUUUCUCCUGGAAUCCUACUCGGAAUGGAACACGUUGACCAGCGUCAGCCUCACGCCGUCCACGGCUCAGAGCAAGACGUCCAAAAUCAAGGGCGUCAUCCACUUCGCAGCCUACAAGUCCGUCUCGGACUCCAUCGCCUCGCCCAUCGCCUACUACCGCAACAACGUAUGCGGGCUCGUGGACCUCGUGGAGCUCCUCGGCAAGCACAACAUUCGCAACUUUGUCUUUUCGUCUUCGGCCACAGUGUAUGGCACCAAAGCCGACCUGGGUCGACCUCUUCGAGAGGAAGACUUGGUACAUCAUCCCGAGACGUACACAGAUGGCGAGGGCUCUCCUGUCACGGCGGAGCCUGUCGUGGCCGGUCUUCAGAGUCCGUAUGCGCGGUCCAAGUACUUCUGCGAGGCUAUUCUUGCCGACAUUGCGCACGCCGACCCGGCUUGGCGCAUUGUUGCGCUGCGCUAUUUCAACCCCAUUGGCUGCGAUGCGUCAGGUCUUCUGGGCGAGGAUCCCAAAGGCACACCAACCAAUCUCUUCCCCGUCAUUACGCAGGUGUUGACGGGAGCUCGCGAACAGCUCGAUGUCUUUGGCACAGAUUGGCAGACGAGAGACGGCACCGCAGUUCGCGAUUUCGUCCACGUCUCUGAUGUCGCACGCGGGCACGUGUCCGCGCUGGCGUCCAAGCAUGAUGAUGCUUUUCGGACGUUCAAUCUCGGAUCCGGUACGGGCACCACCGUCAUCGAGGCCGUGCGCAGUCUGGAGGCGGCUGCAGCGCAACCAAUUCCGGUGAGCUGGGCAGGGCGACGUGCAGGAGAUGUCGGAAGCUGCGUGGCAUCCAAUGAGCGGGCUUUCAAGGAGCUCGGCUGGACCACCAAGGAGAGUAUUCCGCAGUGCGCCCGAGACCUGUGGAACUACGUCUCAAAGGGGAGGGCUCACAGUUGA